AUGCGCGCCCACGCCCCUGCGGCCGCGGGAUCGGACCUGGUGACGGACGACCACAUCGCCCUCGCGCACAGGCUCGCGGACACCGCCGGCGAGGUCACCCGCAAGUACUUCCGGAACCGCGUCGAGGUCGACCACAAGGGCGACGACAGCCCCGUGACCAUCGCUGACAGGCAGGCCGAGGAGGCGAUGCGUGCGUUGAUUCACGAGACCUUUCCGGACCAUGGGGUGUUUGGGGAGGAGCAUGGGCUCAAACUGGGGCCGGAGGGGUCCCCCGGGCGCGACUUCGUGUGGGUGCUGGACCCGAUCGACGGCACGAAGUCGUUCAUCACCGGCAAGCCGUUGUUCGGGACGCUGAUUGCGCUGACGUACCGCGGGCGCCCAGUGCUGGGCGUGAUCGACCAGUCGAUCACCCGUGAGCGGUGGCUCGGGGUCGCGGGGCGUCCGAGCACCCUGAACGGCGAGGAGAUCGCGACGCGGCCGUGCGACAGCGUCGCGAAGGCGUAUCUGUACGCCACAACCCCCGACAUGUUCCAGGGGGCGUCUGCGGAGGCGUUUUCGCGCGUCGCGAAGGCCUGCCGCAUCCCCAUGUACGGGUGCGACUGCUACGCGUACGGGCUGCUGGCGGCGGGGCUGUGCGACCUGGUGGUGGAGGCGGACCUGAAGCCGUACGACUACAUGGCGCUCGUGCCGAUCGUGGAGGGCGCGGGCGGCCGCAUGACGGACUGGCGCGGCAGCGACCUGGUGUGGCUGCCCGACGGGAUGGAGGGCGGGUCGAAGAAGUUCCCCGGGGAGGUGUGCGCGGCGGGGGACGCGCGCUCGCACGCCGAGGCGCUCGCGCUGCUCGCCUGGGAGGGCCAGUGA